AUGCAGUCUGUAGUAACAUUCGAGAAACCAUUACCACAUUUAAGUCUGCCGGAUUGGGAUGCUCGGCUGUACGGGCUGCAGGUGACCGCUGACACAAGAAGGGCUGAUGCUUUCGACCUUCGGCACAGUUCGCAUCAGCUUCGCAAUGAAACCACGAUCAAGACCAAUUGGGACAGCUACCACAAUAAUAACCGUCUUAGUGCAAGAGUAUACGAAAUAGAACAAUGGAAGUCAACCCUGCAAGAGUUAUUAGAUCGUAUAGAGAAAGAGAUGGGCGCUUUGAAGGAAGAGAAGGCGUCAACUGAACGAGAGCUCGAGCAGCUUAAUUUGCCACUUCUAGUGUGUUCCGAAUGCCUGUCAAACAGAGAUGGCAGGAGAAGCAGUGAACUGACUUAUGAUUUGGCUGAUACGGAGUUGAAGAAAGAACUGUGCGUCACUGAAAGCAAUAAGAAAUUAUUGAUUGACAGAUGUCAGUCGGCCUGGGAGAAAAUUAAUAAAUUGGAAGUGGUGAAAUUCAAACUACAACUAGACCUUAACGAUAAGAAUGAAACGCUUCAAAUUGACAAGGACAUGCUUAGUUUGGACAAGGACUGUGCUAACAUCACAUAUAAGACUGAUUCUUUGAAAACUCCAAAGAGAAUGAUCACAUACGAUCAGUGGUUAGACAAGUGUGAAGCUACAAAAAAAAUGGCGGAAGACGAACUUCAAGACACUCUGUUUCUUCGAGAGUCGCUGUUUGUCGCUCGUGGACGCGCGAGGAACACGCUGCGAGCUCAGACUGAUGUGACGAACUACAUGAUGAGACGGCGGAUUUAUGACACGCAGAGGGCUAGGAAUGAGUUGCAGUGGCAGAAAAUGAAGAUGGAAGAGAACAUGGACAAACUCGCUACAGAGCUGAAGACUAUCGGUGAACAGUUUGCUAACAAAGUAAACGCCUUGAAGGUGGCCGAAACGCGGCUAGAGACUCGUGGCUAUCGCCCUGGAAUUGAGCUGGCUUCCGAUGAAGCCGAUAUAGGUUUGAAGGAAGAAGUGCGCAACUUGAGGGAAACUAUUCGUCAGCUGCAAGAGAAACAAGAUUGUGCCAAGGCAACGUACAACGCGCUAGAAGCGGCAUCAAUCAAGAUUGCCAUAGACCUUAACGAUAAGGAACAGUCGUUAGAAACUGACACGCGCGCGCUUGAGAUGCGAGCCGCCUUGGAGCCCAAACGUCCUACUGGGACUGAUAAGAACCUGGUGCUAGCCAGCAUGGCAGAUGAAGUGCCGAAAAUGGAACAUUGAUUUGAACACGAAAAUUGCAUCCGUUUGUUUGAUAUUUUAUUAUUUUGUUUAGUA